AUGGAGCCGCAUCUGCUCUGUACGGGCUUCCGAAGAGCGGUAGUGUGCAACUACAACCCAGCAAAGCGACGCAUACUUUUCCACUCUCGACGAGGGUACGCUACACCGACCGAGACAUCCUCAGGCUCUCAGGAUCCUGUUCGCGCUGCAGCUCCCAUUCGUUUCAGCUCCAACGCAAACCAAUUCGCCGUCAACCGCGCCGAGUUCGUCGACGAUGCCGAGAACAGUGUAGGCUCCCGACCCGGUCAAAGCAGUCGCAUUCCCCUCCUCGAACGCAUUCGAAUCCUUCCCGCUUCGCCAUCCUACUUUACUGGAACCCCUCGCUUCACCGACGACUUUCUCGCGCUCCGAGCUCUCGAACGAAAGUACCAACUCCUCCCCACCCUCCCGCUCGCCGAAGCUCCGAGAGUAGCUUGGAAGACACUGGAGCAGUACAGGACAGAGCUCGGCGAGCCCGUUCGGCUGAAACGGUAUAGCUCGCUCCUCACACUGUUGAAAAAGCUGAACUCCAUCCAUCCUUCUCUGUUUCCCGUCGAAGUCGAGCGCGCUCUAGCUCGCUACAAGAGAGUGGUCCAACCUCAUCUCAACCAACCCAAGCCCGUUGUCGUGGAUGAGCUGGGCCGCGCACGAGCCGUGGGGCGGCGCAAGGCAUGUCACGCCGAGGUGUAUCUUGUCGAGGGCGAGGGGCAGUGUCUGAUCAAUGGGAAGACGUUGACGGAAUACUUUGGACGACUGCACGAUCGGGAGUCGGCCAUGUGGCCGCUCAAAGCCACGGCUAGACUGGACAAGUACAAUGUUUGGAGUACUGUGCGCGGUGGUGGCACAACUGGACAGGCGGAAGCAAUCACGCUGGGAUUGGCAAAGGCAUUGUUGGUGCAUGAGCCGGCUUUGAAGCCCGCAUUAAGAAAAGCUGGCUGUGUCACCCGCGAUAUCCGUGAGAAGGAGAGGAAGAAGCCUGGAAGAAUAAAGGCGAGGAAGAUGCCGACUUGGGUCAAGCGGUAG